AAUGUGUUGAUUCUGUUGGGGACUGUAGUCAGCGUGAUGUUUUGUGAGAGACACACUGCCUUGGAUUUUUAAACAAUUCUAAGGAAAGUUCAUUGUCAACAAGAACAUCCAGGAGGCAGAUAGCUCCGGGUUAAUGUGGAGUCAUAGGUCGUAACCACCCCCCCUAUCAGCCAUGAGCAGCAAACCCCAACCCCCUCUGAUGAAGAAGCACAGCCAGACAGAUCUGGUGAGCCGGCUGAAGACCAGGAAGAUACUGGGCGUCGGAGGAGAGGACGAUGACGGCGAGAUACACAGGUCAAAGAUCAGUCAGAUGCUGGGAAAUCAGAUGAGGUUUGGCGUACGAGAGCCAAUAGGCCUCAGGAUAUGGAUUCUCAUGUCUGCUGUUCUGUUCACAACCAUAGCCUUAAUAGCUCUAGUGUUCCCCAGUCAGCUCUAUGAAUUUGUGUUUGAGCUCAGGACCACCAGGAUCUCCAUCAGACUCUAUGGAGGAGCACUACUCAGUGUCUCAUUGAUCAUGUGGAAAGGUCUGUACACGGCAGAGAAAGCCAUUAUCCAGUGGACCCUGCUCACCGAGGCCUGCCUCCUGUCUGUCCAGUUCCUGGUGACCAUCAUCACCCUGGUGGAGCUGGGUCGGAUGUCAAACUCUGCCAUCCUCCUCCUCCUCAGUGAAGUCCUCUUCCUCAUCAUCACACUCCUCUACUACUACCACCUGGGUCGCAGGACCAAGAAGACCCAGAACCAUACACAUAGCUCUGAUUAGACCCAGAAGACCCAGAACCAUAGAUAUAGCAGUUAUGAUUAGACCCAGAACCAUAGAUAUAGCAGCUCUGAUUAGACCCAGAUCCAUAGAUAUAGCAGCUCUGAUUAGACCCAGAACCAUAGAUCUAGUUCUGAUUAGACCCAGAACUAUAGAUCUAGUUCUGAUUAGACCCAGAACCAUAGAUCUAGUUCUGAUUAGACCCAGAACCAUAGAUCUAGUUCUGAUUAGACCCAGAACUAUAGAUCUAGUUCUGAUUAGACCCAGAACCAUAGAUCUAGUUCUGAUUAGAGCCAGAAGACCCAGAACCAUAGAUCUAGUUCUGAUUAGACCCAGAAGACCCAGAACCAUAGAUCUAGUUCUGAUUAGACCCCCUCUCCCAAAACAGUGUUAUAACUAUCAAUUUGAUAUCAUGGCUGGUCAGUCCUUGCAUCCAUAGCUCUGUCUAUGAAUUUGAGUGUUUACAAAUCUCCAACCCCAUCCCUCAGCUUUUGACCAAAACAGUGGUGGGGUGGACACUUUGUUAUUGUUUGAACUACAGAUUGCCCCUUUACGGUCAGUUAAGAUAAAAAGCUUGACGGGUUUAGAUUGUGGCUCCAAAGCAACACUCCAGUCAACGUGACUGCUUAGUGCUUACCCUGCCCAAAUGGCACCCUAGUCUAUACUUACCCCACAUAGGACUCUGUUCAGAAGUAGUGCACUAUAUAGGGAAUAGGGCUCUGGUCUAUAGUAGUGCACUAUAUAGGGCAUAAUAAGGUGCCAUUUUUCAUGGACACUUCGAUCACAGUUUCAUUGAGACUGCCCCAACCACUUAAAUCCAUUGUGUUAAUAGGUAAAGCUCUGGUUGAAUUUUUUUUUAGGAAAGGAGCUUUUAAAUGUGAUUGCCAAAGAAGGUGAUUGUAUUUUGCAGUAUGCCAUGUGUUAUAAAACAUGUCAAUACAUAUUUGCUAGUUACUGAACAUGUACCCGCAGAAAGAGAACAGUGUUGUUUUCAGACUGUGGGUCUUUUCUGUAGAUACCUAGUCUCGUGACUCAUGUAGAACUUGUAUAAGCCUGUUUGGGAAACACUGGGUAGGGGUAGAACCUGUAUAAACCUGUUUGGGAAACACUGGGUUAGUGGGUAGAACCUGUAUAAGCCUGUUUGGGAAACACUGGGUUAGGAGGUAGAACCUGUAUAAGCCUGUUUGGGAAACACUGGGUUAAGAGGUAGAACCUGUAUAAGCCUGUUUGGAAAACACUGGGUUAGGGGGUAGAACCUGUAUAAGCCUGUUUGGGAAACACUGGGUUAGGAGGUAGAACCUGUAUAAGCCUGUUUGGGAAACACUGGGUUAGGGGGUAGAACCUGUAUAAGCCUGUUUGGGAAACACUGGGUUAGGAGGUAGAACCUGUAUAAGCCUGUUUGGGAAACACUGGGUUAGGAGGUAGAACCUGUAUAAGCCUGUUUGGGAAACACUGGGUUAGGGGUAGAACCUGUAUAAGCCUGUUUGGGAAACACUGGGUUAGGGGUAGAACCUGUAUAAGCCUGUUUGGGAAACACUGGGUUAGGGGGUAGAACCUGUAUAAGCCUGUUUGGGAAACACUGGGUUAGGAGGUAGAACCUGUAUAAGCCUGUUUGGGAAACACUGGGUUAGGAGGUAGAACCUGUAUAAGCCUGUUUGGGAAACACUGGGUUAGGGGUAGAACCUGUAUAAGCCUGUUUGGGAAACACUGGGUUAGGGGGUAGAACCUGUAUAAGCCUGUUUGGGAAACACUGGGUUAGGGGUAGAACCUGUAUAAGCCUGUUUGGGAAACACUGGGUUAGGGGGUAGAACCUGUAUAAGCCUGUUUGGGAAACACUGGGUUAGGAGGUAGAACCUGUGUUUCGGUCUGGGUCAGAGAACGACUACUGUCUAAUGUUCUGCUUUAUGUUGGUUUGGGUCAGAGAACGACUACUGUUGUCUAAUGUUCUGUUUUAUGUUGGUCUGGUUCAGAGAGUGUUGUCUAAUGUUCUGCUUUAUGUUGGUUUGGGUCAUGUUCAUAUCGGUGAAAACAGUAAGAAAAAACCCCAGAGUGAAACAGUGAGGUACUUACCUGUCCAAUAAGAAACGCUCAUGUCAGUUUCUUCCCGUUGCGUUCCCUGAUGGACACAACACUGGUUUUGUUCUGUACUAAUAUAUGUUGUAUUAAAGAAACACUCCACCUCUUUUGUUUUGUGGGACUCAAGCAUUCUUCCAUGUGUUUACGUUUUUUGCUGGACUGACUGAAGGAUAAUCCUUCAGUCUGGGAAAAUGUGACAGAAGGAAAAGGAAUCAAUCAGGCCGAUGUAUCAUUUUAAUACUCCCACUGAACAGUUAUUUUAUGUUCAGCAGUGCAUCAAAGGGUCAUUUUUAAUCAUCGUUAUGUACUGAAGCUUGGGUCGUGGAAACUGGGCUGUUUGCUUUUGCAUUGAGGUAGAGAGAACAUACUAGAUGCAUUCUUCAGAUACAAUAGAAGGUUUAGGACACUUUGUGUAACACGUUGGACCUGACAUGUUUUAAAAAAAAAAUCGUUGUGUUUUGACACUUCUACAGAGAUGUACUUUUUUGGGGGUACGGUAUCACGUCUGAUUUAACUUUCUCUGAACACCAAGCAAUUUGAAUAUCUCUUAUUAGAAUAGAGGAAGUUUACUAUCUCUUCAUCCAGGCACAUCUUUAUCUUUCAGCAUUUGGGACCACGGUGGAUUUGUCAUCAUGAACGGCAUCAAUGCUUUAGGAAAUGUGAUAGAUGUUAUUAUUGUGUCUAUCUUAAAUGUACAUUGUGCAUAAAGGUAUAGACAUGCUGUAUUUGAUUUGUAUAUGUAUCAACAGACAACAAUAAAUUGACUAUUUUUUCCCUC